AUGUCUGGAUUGCUGACCGCGUACAACCUAGAUUCAAGGCCCGUCAUCGAAGCCCAGGGGCAAUUCAAUGCCAACCAUGUACUCGCUGAUUCUGGUCUCUCGUUCCCAUCCUCGUCCUGCUGCGCGCGCAUUUCAUUGUCUGCCUUUCAAUCCCAAUCAGUCUGGGUUGAGACGCUCGACUUCUGCCCACAAAUCAUGUCGUCCGUUGACACCUCCCCCCAGCAACUCGAUGAAGUCCCUGCGAAGCUUUCUGUCCCUGACGCUGAAUCAAAAGUUGAUGGUCCUGCUUCGGACCGUCCAAUGUUCGAACACAUAACCAAGACACGCAGCGGCGAUGCACAGGCUGCUGUGAUGACAAAGAUCGACCUUAUGAUUAUUCCGCUUGUGGGCAUCAUUUACUUUGUAUCGUUCCUGGAUCGCGCGAACAUCGGGAACGCGCGCAUUGCUGGCAUUCAGAAAGAUCUUAAUAUGACUGAUCAUCAGUUUUCUGUCUCUCUGACCAUCUUCUACGUGCCAUACGCUAUGGUGGAAAUUCCUGUUAAUCUGGUAAUGAGAAGAUUCGGCGCAAACAUCACCAUCCCGCUGAUGGUCGUACUGUGGGGUUUCUCCGGUGCAUGUCAAGGUGCUGUCACCUCCUAUGGAGGCUUGAUCGCUUGUCGUUUCUUUCUGGGCAUGGCUGAAGGUGGCCUCUUUUCCGGCCUUGUCCUGUAUCUUUCCAACUUCUAUCCCAGGCACUCGCUGCAGCUUCGGCUAUUGAUGAUGUUCAGCAUGACCUCUUUGGUCGGCGCGUUCUCUGGUUUGCUGGUGGCGGCCAUCGAGGAUAUGGACGGAUUGAGAGGUUUGGAAGCUGAGCGUGGAUAUUCGUGCUGGUGCGUUAUAGAAGAGGUCUUUACCGUCCUAUGCGGAAUAUUGGGCUUUUUUCUGCUCCCACGCGAACCUUCGAAGCUUCGGUGGCUGACUCGGCACGAGAAAGCCGUCUACGUCGACAUGUUGAGAGAAGACUGGAGCGGGGAUGCGGAGGACGAGAAAUUCAGCUGGGCCGAAGUCUGGAGCGUGUUUUUGGAUGCUCCGCACGUCCCCAUACUCUGCAUGCAUUUCUUCAUUGAAGGUGAUUCCUUGAUUUUUGUCUUCACCGAGAGUGUUGUCGUUGAUCUGUGGUUGCAUGUGAAUCACCUAUUCGGUUUGGCGACGUUGUAA